AUGCCCGACUUACUUCUUCCACCCCUUUACCCGCCACUCAACCCCUCUGGUGCUGGCGGCUGCGCUGGUGCUGGUUCCUGGUGCUGGCGGCUGGCGCUGGGGCUGGUUCCUGGUACUGGCGGCUGGCGCUGGGGCUGGUUCCUGGUGCUGGCGGCUGGCGCUGGGGCUGGUUCCUGGUGCUGGCGGCUGGCGCUGGGGCUGGUUCCUGGUGCUGGCGGCUGGCGCUGGGGCUGGUUCCUGGUGCUGGCGGCUGGCGCUGGGGCUGGUUCCUGGUGCUGGCGGCUGGCGCUGGGGCUGGUUCCUGGUGCUGGCGGCUGGCGCUGGGGCUGGUUCCUGGUGCUGGCGGCUGGCGCUGGGGCUGGUUUCUGGUGCUGGCGGCUGGCGCUGGGGCUGGUUCCUGGUGCUGGCGGCUGGCGCUGGGGCUGGUUCCUGGUGCUGGCGGCUGGCCCUGGAGCUGGUGCUGGUGCUGGCGGCUGGCCCUGGAGCUGGUGCUGGUGCUGGCGGCUGGCCCUGGAGCUGGUGCUGGUGCUGGCGGCUGGCCCUGGAGCUGGUGCUGGUGCUGGCGGGUGGCCUUGGUGUUGGUGCCUGGUGCUGGCGGCUGGCCCUGGAGCUGGUGCUGGUGCCGGCGGCUGGCCCUGGUGCUGGUGCCUGGUGCUGGUGCUGGCGGCUGGCCUUGGUGCUGGUGCUGGUGCUGUCGGCUGGCCCUGGAGCUGGUGCUGGUGCUGGCGGCUGGCGGGUCCAAUGGCAGGUGAUGCGCGCUGGGCGGGACGGAGCGUUCGGCCGCCACUCCCUGCCCUUCUUCCCUCACCCUCCCCACAGCGACCGCCGCUGCACACGCGUACAAGCAUGACGGGGGGUGGUGAUGGGCACGGGGUGGGGGUAAUGCGACGGGCAGAGCGACGGCGGGAUAAGGUGCGGUUGGGGCGACGGGAAGCAGGGCGACGGGCGACGGUGUGCGGACGGGUGGCGGGAAUCUGGUGA